AGCAAAAUUUUCCAGCUAGAUGGUGAUAUGUUGAGGGGUUUCGAGCUUCCAGGUCCCACGCUAACUGAUCCAGACACAUCAACCUUGGAAAUUGAAGAAGUAUUAAGUAUACUGGUAUGGCAACUGGCACGGGCUCUCCUUGUGGCGCAUGCAAGUUUCUCCGGCGGAAGUGCGGUGCGGAUUGCAUCUUUGCGCCGUAUUUCCGGUGGGAGCAGUUGGGGGCUGCUAAAUUCGCAGCCAUUCACAAAGUGUUCGGGGCUAGCAAUGUAUCCAAGCUGCUGUCGAAUGUUCCCGUCCAUGAUCGCUACGAGGCAGCUUUAACCAUUGCUUACGAAGCUCAAGCAAGGAUCAAAGAUCCUGUCUAUGGCUGCGUCGCCCAUAUCUUCGCUCUGCAACAACAGGUGGCUUAUUUGCAAGCUCAACUGCUGCAAGUAAAGGGUGAGUUAGCCCAAAGGACGCUUAAUGUGAAUUCAAGAAGGGGUGAAAAUGAUUGGGUAAGAGGAACUGGUUAUGCUUACAAUACAGAGGGAGAUGGUUUUCUGGAGAUGAUGCAAAGCAGUAGUCGGAAGAGAGCUUCACAAUCUGACCUGGGUGAGCUGCAAGCCUUAGCUUCUAGAAUGAUGAAAAACUGAUAGAUAUAUCAAAAUCCCAUCCAAACUCAUAUCAUCACCAUCGAUCAUCAUCCUUGUUCUAUAAUCAUGUGUGUAAAUUCACAGACUAUAUAUUUACAAAUAAUUAA